AUGGGUGGUGCUGUGUCAUCUCUCAAAUCUGCCGCCAAGGGCACUGACGAUGCUGCACACGCCAGCUCGCCUGGCAAACAGGCCGACUCUGCUGUUGCGCACGCUGCAGGUAACGGCCUCCCUUCAAACGCCAAACCAGCAGGUGAAGAUGGGCCUGGCUAUGCAACAUGGCUGGCCAUAGGAAACACCGCCGCAUAUGGCAUAUAUGGCACAUCAUCUGAUCCAGGAGAGCUUCCUCCUGUUCCGGUAGAAUGGAUCAUCGCCCCCAAAACCGUGUCAGCCGGGCAAUGUCCAUCCGUUGGCCACAAUAUCACCACAUUUAUUGUAACGGAUGUCGUUGCUGGCAUCAUUGCUGCCGUCUUCUGCUGCAGACCAAUUGUAAAGAAGAUAACGUUUGGUCGUUUCGGCAAACUUCCUAACAAAACAUCUCGGUGGUGCAGCUCCGUCUGGUGGACAUGGCUGAUAAGCUUGUUGCUGGCGCUUGGAGGGAACCUGGGUGUCACUCUCUUUGUGGUGAAUGCUGAGGGAUACACGCAUCUGUCUAAGCUCAUCAUCUUUGCGCUGUAUGCUUCCCGCCCGCGCAUCAACAUGGUGGUCGUGGCUCUGCUCCGAGUCCUUGUUGCCGUACGCACGAAAGACUGGUCCAAGGCCGCAAGCUACAAGCCUGUUGAAAAGGAGGAGUUGGAGAGCCAAGACACGACGUACUCCGGCUCUGAACCUACGACCAAAGAAGGCGCUGGUGACGGAAGCGACUCCGAGAAACUCAUCAUCAAGAUUUACGAUGGAACGGGAGCUUUGGAGAAGGAAUACGUCUACAUCGACUCCUACCGGAGCACCGUCGUGGCCGAGAUAAUACUGAAUACCAUUUCAGCAGUUUUCGUCGGCGUAACCUGGGGUCGCUUCCCCAACCAAACCAUCAAAACCUACAUGAACCCGAAAACAAUAUUCAUGCAAACUGCCCCGGCAAUCUCGUUCGUCGGCGCCAUUUUCGCUAUACCAGUGUAUUGGAAAAGAGGCAGAUAUGUGGACGACAAAUGGGUGAGGGGGCUAGCUGGGGCUGCUUCCUUUGGCACUGCUUAUGCCGCGCCUUGGGUGUACUGGUACUACUUCUUGCAGCUUCCCGGGGCUUUGUGGUGCCCUCCCAAACUUCCCAUUCAGGCAAUCAUCUGGACUGCAUUCUCUCUGGCCGGUUGGUGUCCGUUAUCUCUCAGAUAUAACGAGCUAAAGAAUAUUGACAAAGCACAGGAAACAUUCUGGCCUAAUGAUUUCGACAGCGAUCUCAAUGACAGCUAA